AUGGCUGAUGUAAACCCGCUAGUAAACGAGGAAGAGAUGAUGGAAAUAGCUGGGAUAGACACUGGCGGAGGUGGAUGCGGUGAUGAGAUAGACGAAGAAGAAUCAGAAGGUGUUAUUGUACCAGAAUUACAAGGGACACUAUCUAAAUGGACUAAUUAUAUUCAUGGAUGGCAAACACGUUUCAUUGUACUCAAAGACGGCACACUGUCUUAUUAUAAAUCCGAACAAGACAGUGGUUUUGGUUGUCGAGGCUCUAUCAGCCUUUACAAAGCUGAUAUUAAGGCUGAGUCUGGGUAUAGCAGUGAAAAUAGUUUAAAGCGGCACGGCAGUACGGUAUCACUGGUAUCAAACACACAAUCUACAGCAAGUGGUGGCAGUUUGAAUAAACGUGGAUUACGAAAUUUAAAAGAAAAACUUGCCGAGUUAGAGACAUUCAAGGAUAUAUUAAGUAAACAAAUAGAUACAUUACAAAAAUAUUUUGACAAUUGCGCUGGUAAUGUAUCGCCGUCUCCGGUAUCCUCAGUGUCCCAAGAACCGAGAGUCAAUUCUCAUGAGUUUAUUAAAAAUGAUAUUGGAUUCGACCCAGCACUCCAGUCAAUUGAUUUUAAAGGAGAAGCUAUUACAUUUAAAGCUACUAGUGAAGGUAUACUCAGUACAUUACAACACUGUGUCGAAUUAAUGGGUCAACGCGAAGACGUCUGGCGUCGUCGAUGGGAAAAAGAAAACGAACGGAGGAAAAAAAUGCAAGAACUUUAUAAAGCUCUCAAGGAUCAGAUUAAUAUUCAUCGCGGUGAUUCUAUUCGGCCUAGAGUUUUGAUACAUGGAGGUCCUGAUUACGAAGAAGGUCCACACAGUGCUUUGUGUGAUGAAGAAUUUUACGAUGCUGUGGAAACUGGAUUAGAUAAAAUAGAUGAAGACAAUCAAAUGAGAGAUCGUUUGAAACGAAAAUCCGUUUCGAUUUCAGUUGAUUCAACUGUUACUCCUGCAGUUAAUCAUAAAUUAUGGCCGGAGAUCGAAAAAGUAACAAUGCAACAACUGCACUACGCGCGUUUGGGUGUUGGUGGAGCAGGUGGUUGGCAAUUGUUUGCAGAAGACGGUGACAUGAGAAUGUAUAGGCGAGAAGAAGAGGCUGAUGGAUUAGUGGUUGACCCGCUGAAAGCGUGUCAUGUUGUUAAAGGUGUAACAGCACGGGAAGUGUGUCAAAUAUUUUUUAGCCCUGAGUACAGAAGCGGUUGGGAGACGACUCUCGAGGAUAUGACCAUUGCCGAAACUAUUUCCAAUGAUACUUUAGUAUUUCUUCAGACGCACAAACGUAUUUGGCCGGCAAGUCAACGUGAUGCCUUAUUUUGGUCCCACAUUCGGAGUGUUCCUGAUGAUCAAGAUCCUGACGCUUCUGAUUUAUGGAUUGUUUGUAAUCACAGCACUGAACAUCCUCAGUAUCCACCAAACUCAAAUAAAUGUGUAAGAGUUUAUCUAACUGUUUGCAUUGUAUGUCAAACAUUUGUUGAUCCACCGAAAGAUCCAAAUAAAAUAAGCCGUGAUGAUAUUACUUGUAAGAUAACUUACUGUUCUGUGGUAAAUCCAGGUGGUUGGGCACCAGCUUCUGUGCUUCGCGCAGUCUACAAACGUGAGUAUCCAAAGUUUUUAAAACGCUUUACAAGCUUCUGCAUUGAACAGUGUAAAGAUAAACCUAUAUUGUUUUAA